ACUAUGAACCAGUUCACAUGGACUGAAUGGAAGAAUCUGAAUAUGAAUGAUAGUAAUGUGAAUGUAUCUGAGCAUCUAUCCUGCCCUUUUGGAUUUGGACAUUAUAACACCAUUGACAUUUGCAUCCUUGAGACUAUUGUUAUUAUCUUACUAACAUUUUUAAUUAUUACUGGUAACUUAACAGUACUUUUUGUCAUUCACUGUGCUCCACUUUUGCAUCAUUAUACCACCAGCUACUUUAUUCAGACUAUGGCAUAUGCUGAUCUUUUUGUUGGGAUUAGUUGCUUAAUUCCUACUUUGUCAUUGCUUCACUAUUCUGUAGGUGUUCAUGAGUCCUUAACUUGUCAAAUUUUUGUGUAUGUCAUUUCUGUAUUGAAAAGUGUUUCUAUGGCCUGCCUUGCUUUCAUUAGUGUGGAUCGCUACCUUGCCAUCACAAAACCACUCUCCUAUAACCAGUUGGUCACCCCCUGUCGAUUGAGGAUCUGCAUUAUUUUGAUUUGGCUAUACUCGGGUGUUAUCUUCCUGCCUUCCUAUUUUGGUUGGGGAAAGCCAGGUUAUCAUGGAGACGUUUUUGAAUGGUGUGCAGCUUCUUGGCUCACCAAUGCCUAUUUUACUGGAUUUAUUGUGUGCUUACUCUAUGCUCCAGCUGCCUUUAUAAUCUGUUUUACAUAUUUCCACAUAUUUAAAAUUUGCCGGCAGCACACCAAAGAGAUAAAUGACAGGAGAGCUCAGUUUCCUAGUCAUGAAGUAGAUACUGCUGCAGAAACUGGACAUAGCCCAGAUAGCCGCUAUGCUAUGGUUUUAUUUCGUAUAACCAGUGUGUUUUAUGUGCUCUGGCUUCCCUACAUUAUAUAUUUCAUGCUAGAGAGCACUAAGGUGCUGGAAAAUCCAUCACUCUCUUUUGUAACAACCUGGCUUGCUAUUAGCAAUAGUUUUUGUAACUGUGUAAUAUAUAGUCUGUCAAAUAGUGUUUUUAGGUUGGGACUGUGGAGAUUGUCAGAGACAAUAUGUUCAGCUUGUAUAUGUAAAAAAGACAGCAUGGUUCGAGAGCCCGUUCCUAGAAAACGGGCUAACUCUUGUUCGAUUUAAAGGAAAAAAAUAGGCAGUC